ACUCCAUUGAUGCUCUUUUCAAGCUUUCCCAACAUGGAUUCUUCAAAAUUGAGCUUCACCCACCUUCCAAUCCUUGCCCUUCUCAUCGCUCUCCCCUUCCAAACAUCACUAGGAAGCAGCAGCAGCAGCAGCAGCAGCAUGAUAAAGUGCGAGGCUUUGGAGAAAAGCAGGUGCGCAUUUGCAGUGUCGUGGUCGGGAAAGCGGUGUGUGCUUGAAAAGACAGUGAAGCGCAGUGGAGAAGAAGCAUUCACGUGUCGGACGUCGGAGAUCGAGGCCGACCAAUUACAGAACAUCGUUGAAACAGAGCAGUGCAUCGAAGGCUGUGGCCUCGACAGGAACACCCUCGGUAUCUCCUCUGACUCCCUUCUCGACACGCGCUUCACUCGCGACCUCUGUUCCUCUCGCUGCUACAAUCAUUGCUCCAAUGUUGUGGACCUCUUCUUCAACCUCGCCGCCGGUGAAGGCGUUUUUCUUCCGAAGCUUUGUGAAGCUGAAGGAGGAAAUGUGAGAAGAGGAAUGUCGGAGAUUAGAAGCUCUGGGAUUGUGGCGGCGGGACCCGUUCAGCCAGUGUCUCUGUCAACUGCGCCAGGGCCAGUUCAGGGCAUGUCUCUGUCAGCCGUGAAUGGAGCUUGAUCGGAGGAAGGAGAAAGAAAUAAAGAAUGAAACAGGAUCGUAUUAGAUAGUUUUUAGGCAGAAUUAAUAUAAAAUUACUGGUUUCUCCUUUUUACUGUUGUAAUGGAAUUCAGAUAGUAAUAAAAAUUUAAACUUUCAUUUC